AUGAUGAGUGAGGCAUUUCAAAAAAUUAAAUUACUGUCGGGUGUCCUGUUUCUCAGCGCAACCCUCGCUGAGGAGACCCAGUGGUCGCCGUAUAACAUGCAGGAGUACCUGCAACAGUUUCAACAACAAGAUCAACAGUUACAAGCCAGCGAGCAUGGAGGUGGUUUCGAUUUUGGAGGCCAUGACGCAGGUUCCUCCUUAGAUGGUCACGGUGGCCAAUACGGAGGCCAAUUCGGAGGCCACGAUUUCGGAGGUCACGGCUAUGGCCACGGCCACGAGUCUCACUCGUACCCCGUCCACCAACACGUCGAAGAAGAGAACCCUGAACCAAUCAAACACUACAAAGAAAUAGUAGUACCUUUACACAAAAACGUUGAGUUCAAAAUUAACCAGCCAGUAAUUAUCCCAGUUCCUCAUCCAGUACCGAUUCAGGUACCAGUUCCAAAAGCGGUAGUUAUACCAAUUAUUAAAGAGGUUUCCAUCCCAGUGGAAAAGUCCGUUCCGUAUCCAGUAGAAAGGACUGUUCAUGUACCUAAGAUCAAAGAGGUACCUUUCGAAGUCGUUAAGCAUAUUUUAGUUCCCGUAGAAAAACCGUUCCCAUUUAAAGUUCCAGUUUAUGAAACCGUAAUUCAUACUAAGAAGGGAUCGCAUAAGCUUUAA